AUGGCCACCACCGAUAUCGUCAAUCGGUUCCCUAAUGAUAUCCUUGGCGAGAUUCUCUGUCAGCUACCUUCGGAGGAGCUUCGCCGAGUGUGUCUGGUGCUUAUACGAUGUUCCCGGCUCCACCCCGUCCUUGACACUGUGGCGGCUUUGAGUCCGCAACACUAUCUAUAUUUGAACGUUGACGUGCUCCAACGUCAGGAGCCAGCACACUGGUGGUCUCGAUGGUUGCUGGGAGGGCAAAAGGCUCUAAAUAUCUCCCCAGAUUGCAAUUUAUUUGCUCGGUUUCGCCGGGUACUGCUCACAGGCAACAACCACGAUUAUCCCGACAUUGACUUGGCAGACUUCGCAGGAAAGACCUUCAAUUUGCUGCUCCGGCUAGAGUAUGUCACCAUGCUUAAUCCUCGAUUGCAAUUGGAUCUGCUAGAGCUUAUCCAAUGUCGGGGGGACCCCAGUCGUCUUCGACUUCACCAAGGGUACCAAGCGCCCUCCCACGUCGGUGGCGUCGAGUUUUCCGGUCGUUAUUUCCAUUUCGAAGGUGAUCUAUUCUACUACGGCUCGGUCGAAGCCGAUGUGGUCGAAAUCUACGCCAGUGAUGUCCAACACACCAUUAUAUCCAAGUGUAAUGACUUAAUUUUGCGCUGUUACGUGGUGGGAUCGGAUUUCUUUGAAGUGGUGGUGCCACCGGGAUUACUCCCCCAACUGCUAACGACUUUAGAAUUGGCGAUACCUGACUUUCGGUUUCUGGAUGAACCACCCGACCACGUGCAAUCGUUAACCAUUGUAGGGGAAACGUGGGGAGAGGGCAUGCCAUGGCCGAAAAAUCUCCAUCGACUCCGGUUGGUGGGGAUCCAGUUUGACCGCCACUUUGCUCUAUUUAACCCGCUGUUCCCUCCUCAUGUGGCAGUGAUCGAGAUGGUGGAUUGUGUGGUGAGACAAUGCCAGGUGCCGGCACCAGCAUUGAAGACACUUACGGUGCGGAAUUGUGAUUUGUGCGAGUCGUUUGCUGCCAGCUCAGCUCACGUCGACGUCGAAUACCUAGACUGA